CCAGACCGAAUUCCCUGCAUUAUAUUUAAGGGGUACUAUGUAGUAGAUUUGGGAAAAAUAAUAUUUUUUUUGGACCGCAACGUCAUCUGGAAGACAAGAGAGUCGCAUUUUUUUGCGCGCGAUGGCAGCUGACCGGCAGCUUCAUGGGCAGAUGCUGUUAACAAGCCGUUAAAACAUAGACAUGAUGGAUUUCAAAGCAGCCACGUCGACCAUGGACGCUCUGGUCCGCAUCAGCUCCAACAUGAAGAGCCUGGAGCAGGAGCUGCACUGCCCCGUGUGCAAGGAGAUCGUCAAGCAGCCCGUGGUGCUGCCGUGUCUCCACAGUGUGUGCCUCAUGUGCGCCUGCGAGGUCCUAGUGGCCAGCGGGUACCCGCCUCCGGACCUGCCGGCUGAACCCAACUCGCCAGCCUCCACGCCCAACAUGCGCUCCCCGCGACAGCUGCGCAGGCCCACGCCCAAAGCCGAACAGCGGCCCAUCGACCGGGUGCUCCGGGGAGGUGAGGACUAACCUGAGUUGAAAACCAUUUUUGUCAAAAUACCGCAUUUCUGUGUUUUUUGAGGUCCCCACCCGCCGUCGCCGUCCAUGCCUCGCUCGCCGGGGUACCCGGGACGGCGGCGCAAGGACGCCCCGCCCGUGUCCAUGAUGUUCCCCUGCGUGCCCUGCGGCCGCGACGUGGAGCUCGGCGAAAAAGGUCUCACCGACUGCUUGCGGAACCUCACCUUGGAGCGCAUCGUGGAAAGAUACCGGCACACGGUGAGCCUGGGCAGCGUGGCCAUCAUGUGCCAGUUCUGCAAGCCUCCGCAGGCCCUGGAGGCCUCCAAGGGUUGCGGCGACUGCAGGGCCAACUUCUGCAACGAGUGCUUCAAACUUUACCACCCGUGGGGGACGCCGCGGGCUCAGCACGAGCACAUCCUGCCCACGCUCAACUUUCGACCCAAGGUUCUGACUUGCACGGAGCACGACCAGGAGAAACUGCAGUUCUACUGCCGGUCCUGUCAGCGGCUGCUUUGUCCUCUCUGCAAACUGCGUCGCUUGCACACGGGACACAAGAUCCUGCCUGUGGCCCAAGCUUACCAAGCCCUCAAGGAGAAGAUUACAAAGGAGAUGAACUACAUUCUGUCCAACCAGGACACAGUGCUGGCUCAGAUUACACAGCUGGAGAGCGCCAUCACCCAGACUGAGGUGAACAGCGUGUCGGCUCGCGAGCAGCUGGCGCAGAGCAUCAGGGACCUGACGGCGGCGCUGGCCGAGCGCCACGCCUCGCUCACCCAGGCGCUGGAGGCGGCCCGGCAUAAGCGCGGCGAGGCGCUGGCUGCUCAAGUGUCGGAGCGGCGGAGCUUGAUGGAGCACGCCGGCCUGGUGGCGUUCACCCAGGAGUUGCUGAAGGAGACAGACCAGCCCUGUUUUGUGCAGGCCGCUCGCCAGACGCAUAACAGGUUCAGCAAGGCCAUUGAGAACCUUCAGCAUUUUGCUCUGGCAGCUGAUCCGUCCUUUAGACAUUUCCAGCUGGAUGUCUCCAAAGAACUCAAACUGCUCACGGAGCUGAGUUUUAUCCGAGCUCCUUUGGCCCCAGUCCUUGACACCCAGCACUCCCUGGCCUACGAUCAACUCUACCUGAGUUGGCGCCUGCCCCCGGAUUCGGCCCCCGCCUGGCACUACUCCGUGGAGUACCGGCGCCGGGGGGUGGUGCCGGGCGGCGCGUCCCGGGGCGGCAAUCGGGGCGGGCUGGCCGCCGCCCGCUGGGGUUGGCAGCGACUAGACGAGGUGAGCGCGACGAGCGCUGUCAUCGACAGGCUGGAGAUGGACAGCGUUUACGUGCUUCGGGUGAGGGGCUGCAACAAGGCGGGCUACGGCGAGUACAGCGAGGAGGUGUACUUGCACACCCCUCCGGCGCCAGUUCUAAACUUCUACCUGGACUCUCGCUGGGGUCUCCAUGCUGACCGGCUGGUGGUCAGCAAGGAGCAAAGAGCGGCCCGCAGCGUGCCCGGCCUCUCCCUGCUGCAGGCCGCUGACCACGCGCUCACUUCCUGUCACCUGACGUCGGACCUCUUGGUGGGCGACGUGGCCAUCACGCAGGGGAGACACUACUGGGCGUGCUCGGUGGAGCCCGGCUCUUAUCUCGUUAAGGUUGGUGUUGGUCUGGAGUCCAAAUUGCAGGAGUGGUUUCAUCUACCGGAAGACAUGGCUAGCCCUCGGUACGACCCGGACAGCGGUCACGACAGCGGGGCGGAGGACGGCAUGGACUCAGCCCCCCCUUUCUGUUUCCUCACCAUGGGCAUGGGGAAGCUCUACCUUCCCCAGCACAGCUACCACCACAACGCUCACCGCUCAGACCCCAACGGCAACGGGCCGUCCCCCCCGGCGGGCCUCACCUACCCGCUGCCCCCCCGGCUGGGCGUCUCCCUCGACUUUGAGAAGGGCCGCGUGGCCUUCUACGACGCCCACUCCCUGCGCCCCCUGUGGGAGGGUCACGUGGACUGUUCGGGCCCGGUGUGCCCGGCUUUCUGCUUCAUCGGAGGGGGGGCCCUGCAGCUCCAGGAGCUGGUGGCCAACCGUGGGUCCGACCAGACCCCCGUGAGGAGGGUGACCAUCCAACCCCGAGCGGUCUCUAAUUUAAAUAACCACUGAGUACAAUUUAGAAUGUCAAGUUUUUUUGCCUUUAGAGCGUUUCUACGGCAACAAAUAUGCAAUGUAAUUAAGUUUCUUACGUUUUUAUUUGCAAGAAUCAUCGCUUUUGUCUUUUUUUGCUAUACCUGACGCCGGUUCUAUUUAUAUAGAGAGCUUAACAGAUAUAUUGAUCAAUCAUCAAGAGACCAUGCCUAAAAUGACACAGCCAGUCUGCCAUUUUGGUUGAAAACGGCCAUUUUAGGCUCUUUUUGAGCAGUUCAAAAACGGGUCGAAUCGAUGCAUUAGUCACUGAACAUUUGAUUAAUUUACAGUAUAAAGCUAAUGUUGCAGAGCCAUACUGACCAUUUCAUGCUUUUCCGUGUCAAAUUUGCGCGCUUUACAUAAGUAAAUUUAGAUUUAUGGUGUCUAACAACACUCGGAUGGCGAGUUACUGUUUAAUGUGGUCAAUUAUCGGUAGGGGGGAAAAACAAGACGCUAGACUGUAAUUAGAAGCUGCGAUUGCACCGCUGGCACACAUCUAAUCACUAAUUUCGACGCUUGUUUGUACUUUCUGUCAUUUAAAACAUGUUAAGCCACAUGUGUGUAUUUACAGCCCUUUGCACAUGGCGCGCGGCUGAUAAACAUGUCCGUCAGUGAUUCUUUUUUUUUUUAAUUCUCGCUUGAUUGUAAUGCUAGCAAGCGUCCUUUAACCACAAA